UUCAAACUCACUCUUAAUAAUUCCGAUAACUUGUCUCAUUUUCCGGCCACUUUUUCUUUUUUCUCUUUAUAUACAUAUAUACGUGUAUAUUUUCCCAACUCGGAACUUUUAACACCAAACGCCCCACGUAUCCAAAUUGUACCAUCUCUUCACUACGAAAUCGUGUUCACCAGACUGCUUAUGAAACCCACCUGCCUAACUCUUUAACAGUCUCAACCACUACUAGUACUGCGCUUUGCUACUUUGUUUUGGUUCAAGUCUGUUUUCGAGUUCAGUCUCACUUCAUAGCUAGUUAGUUUCGUGUGAAGUGAUGAAUAGAGGAGUGGUGCCGGCGGGUGAGAUGUUGCACUGUACGGACCUGACGGUGCUGGAGAGGCAACGUGCUCGUAUGAAGUGGCAGCAGGAGCAGUUUCAUGUAGUUCAACAGCAGCAGCAGCAGCAGGAGAGUUAUUUUAGUGAGUUGAGUGGUGUGUUUUCUGUGCCGAGUCAGGUGAGUCAUGUGCAGAGUUUUGAAGGUGGUUUGUUGGGUGGUGGUGGUGACUUGGUGUUGGGGCCGGUGAAGCCUGACCCGGCAUUGGAAAAUGGGUGGCCAGACUUGGGGAAGGUUGUGGUGCCUGGUUAUGGUUUUGGGCCUUGUGGGCCAGCUUUUGAUGCCAAUUAUGCCAUUUCAAGAACCACUAGCUGCCCGCCGGCGGUGGCCGCCGAGGCUAAGGUUAAGGAGUCAAGUAUUGUGAAUCAUAAGAUGAGUGCAGCAAUUGGAAGAGAAAGCUUCAAGAAGAGGAAAGCCGAUAAGGUCCAUAACACUAAGGUUGGAGCAGAAGAUGAGGCCAAAGACAAAAGGAUGAAAGGAUGUGCUGAAGAGGGAGAUUCAAAGAUCACAGAACAAAACAACAAAAACAACAAAAGCAACAGCAAUAACAACAGAGAAACAUCUGGUGAUACUUCUAAAGAGAAUUCAAAAGUUUCUGAGGUUCAAAAACCUGAUUACAUCCAUGUCCGAGCACGCCGCGGUCAAGCCACUGAUAGUCAUAGCUUAGCUGAAAGAGUUAGAAGGGAAAAAAUCAGUGAGAGAAUGAAGUAUUUGCAAGAUUUAGUACCGGGGUGCAACAAGAUCACUGGAAAAGCUGGAAUGCUUGACGAAAUCAUCAACUAUGUUCAAUCUCUUCAACGACAAGUAGAGUUCCUAUCAAUGAAACUAGCUGCUGUCAAUCCCAGGCUUGACUUCAACAUUGACAACUUCUUUGCCAAAGAGGUGUUUCCUGCUUGUCCCCCCAAUUUUCCACCAAUUGGAAUGUCAUCAGAGAAUAAUCCUGCUUAUCUUCAGUUUAAUCCUGACAACAACAACAAGUAG